AUGGUUGGCACUGGUGAAUACACCACCGGCUUCGUCGGCGGUGGUGCAUCUGGCUCAGACAAGAAGGUCGGCGUGGUAGGACUCAGUCUAUUUGACCUGCGCCGGCGAGGCAAGGUUGGCGACCUGAGCAUGGUGGGCGUGUCCGGCAAGAAGUUCCCCGGCAUUCGUGACCACUUGCACCGUAAUAUCUCUCAAGUCUACAACAACCUCGAUACCUCGUUCACCUCGUUCCCCGCAGACGACCAGACCGACCCCGACGCAUAUAAGACCGCCAUUGAUGCCCUCCCCAAAGGAUCCGCCAUCACCAUCUUCACCCCUGACUCUACCCAUUAUCCCAUUGCGCUGUACGCAAUUGAGCGCGGUAUUCACGUGCUCAUCACCAAGCCAGCAACUCAGCGGCUGGGAGACCACCUAGCUCUGGUCGAGGCCGCACGCAAACACGGCGUCUUCGUCUUCAUCGAGCACCACAAGCGCUUUGACCCUGCAUACUCUGAUGCGCGGGCUAAGGCGAAGACCCUCGGUGACUUCAACUACUUUUAUAGUUACAUGAGCCAGCCUAAGAGCCAGCUCGAGACCUUCAAGGCGUGGGCUGGUCGUGAUUCCGAUAUUUCCUACUACCUCAACUCUCACCACAUUGAUAUCUGCGAGAGCAUGGUCCCAGAAUAUAAGCCUGUGCGGGUAACAGCAACUGCAUCUCAGGGUACCGCUGCUGAGCUUGGAUGUGUCCCCGAGACUGAGGACACCAUCACCCUCCUCGUGGAGUGGCGCCGCCGUGAUAACCCGGCGAAGAUUGCCACUGGUGUCUACACUGCUAGCUGGACGGCACCUCAAAAUGCGGAUAUGGCUGCCAACGGCGAAAUCCGCGUUAACCAGGCCAAGCGUGGCUACGAAGUGACCGGCGACGACCAGGGUCUAAUCCAUUUCAACCCAUUCUAUAUGCGCUACGCUCCCGACGAAGAAGGAAACUUCAGUGGGCAGACUGGAUACGGCUACAUCAGCUUUGAGAAGUUCAUCGAUGCCGUCACGGCUGUGAACGAGGGCCGUGUGACCCUCGACCAACUGGACGCUCGCCCGCUGCCCACUCUGCGUAAUACAAUCGCCACAACGGCAAUUCUCGAUGCAGGACGCAAGUCGCUGGAUGAGAGGCGGCCCGUGGAGAUUGUAUCCGAGGGCGACAAGUGGGAGCUGAAGUAA